UUUAAAUUGUUUGUUGGGUUGGCUCAGCAGACGGUGCAGGAUUUCUAGUGAUCGGAUCUGAGCGGUGUGUUUGGUCGGAUAGCAGUGUACACAAGCCGCUUCUAUCCAAGGAAAUAUGGCCACCCGCCGGGCUGCUAUUUCACGUGAAGUUGACAAUGCUGUUGGGGCGAUGAGAUCGAAGGCCCAGCUGAACGGUAGAAGAGCUGCUCUGGGAGAAAUCGGUAACAAGGUGACAGUGCGAGCUGUAAAGCAGCCUGCCAAGACCUCAAAUGCCACAUCAAAGACUACAAGGCCUGUUGCCAAAGUAUCAAAUGUGAGUGUGAAGCCAAAGGCUGUAGCUGUGACGGUGAUUGAGGCCCCCUCACAAGCAAAAGAAGCGUCUCCAGUUCCUAUGGAUGUGUCAAUGAAGGAAGAAGAGGAACUGUGUCAAGCUUUCUCAGAGGUCCUAAACCAUGUGGUGGACAUUGAUGCUGAAGAUGGUGGUAAUCCACAGCUCUGCAGCGAGUAUGUUGUGGAUAUCUACAACUACUUGAGAGAGCGGGAGGUCCAGCAGUCCAUAAAACAAAGAUAUCUGGAUGGAAUGGAGAUUAAUGAACGCAUGAGGGCCAUCCUGGUUGACUGGCUGAUCCAGGUUAACUCCAGGUUCCAGUUUCUUCAGGAAACGCUAUACAUGGGCAUUGCCAUCAUGGAUCGAUUUCUUCAAGUUCAGCCUAUCUCACGUGGCAAACUUCAGCUGGUUGGUGUGACUUCACUCUUGUUGGCUUCAAAAUAUGAAGAGAUGUAUAGUCCAGAAGUUGCAGACUUUGCUUAUAUCACAGACAAUGCCUACACAACAUCCCAGAUUAGAGAAAUGGAGAUGAUUAUCCUUCGUGAGCUCAAAUUUGACUUGGGACGACCACUUCCCCUUCACUUCCUUCGACGUGCAUCAAAGGCAUGCAGUGCUGAUGCAGAGCAGCACACACUAGCAAAGUACCUAAUGGAGCUUACCCUUGUUGACUAUGAAAUGGUCCAUUUUCAUCCUUCUGAGAUUGCCGCUGCUGCACUCUGCUUGGCGCAAAAGGUCCUUGGAGUUGGCAUCUGGGGGUCCACACAGCACCACUACACGGGCUACACAGAGGAAGAUCUGACUCCAAUCAUUAAGCAUAUCGCUAAAAAUGUAACCAAAGUCAACCAGAAUCGGACAAAGCACGUGGCUGUGAGGAAUAAGUACGCCAGCAGCAAGCUGAUGAAAAUCAGUACACAUCCCCAGCUGAUGUCUUCAGUUAUUACAGAACUGGCUGCAAGUCUAACUUCCCAGUGAACGGUCAUGAACACGUCUGCUAACACUUUUGCACUUUUUAUGAAACUGCCAAUCCAGGCAUGAAUGCUGCUGACUUUGUAAAUAGUUUUAAAAAUUUUAAGGUUCUUGUGCAACACGGGACUGCUGGGAUUCCUGAAUACAAAAUAAAAUUUACCCUGUUUUUUU